UCUUGACAUUGACAGUCAGACAAAGGUUCGGUUGGACUAGUUUGGAGCUUGUGUGUGUGUUGGUUGCAUUGUAUUCUAAAUGAAUAUUUUCACCAUUUAGUGAUUUUAUAGUGUGUUAAUAGUUAACAAUUAAAAGUAAUAAUGGAUUUCCAAAACCGACCCGGUGGAAAAACAGGAGGAGGCGGAGUUGCAUCAUGGUCGGAAAGCAACAGAGAUCGUCGCGAACGGCUUCGGCAACUCGCUUUGGAGACUAUUGAUUUGAAUAAAGAUCCUUAUUUUAUGAAAAAUCAUUUAGGUUCCUAUGAAUGCAAACUAUGUUUAACCCUACACAACAAUGAAGGAAGCUAUUUAGCUCACACUCAGGGUAAAAAGCAUCAAGCCAAUUUAGCCCGAAGAGCUGCUAAGGAGGCCAAAGAAGCUCCUCAAUUACUUGCUCCAGAGAAACCUAGGAUUGAACCCAAGAAGUUUGUUAAAAUUGGGCGUCCUGGAUACAGGGUUACUAAACAAAAGGAUCCCGAAAAUGGACAGCAAAGCUUGCUAUUUCAAGUUGAUUAUCCGGAAAUUGCUGAAGGAGUGCAGCCUAGGCAUCGUUUCAUGUCAGCUUAUGAGCAGAAAAUUGAACCACCUGACCGCAGAUGGCAAUAUCUGCUGUUUGCAGCAGAGCCCUAUGAGACUAUUGCAUUUAAAGUGCCAAGUAGAGAGGUGGAAAAGCAUGAUUCGAAAUUCUGGACCCAUUGGAAUAAAGAUACAAAACAAUUCUUUUUGCAAUUUGCAUUUAAAAUGGAAGCAUUACGUAUGCCCCCACCCCCUCCCAAGAUUUGGGAAAGCCACGGCAUGCGGCUACCGCCACCACCGGGUGCGCCGAUGCUGGGUGUGCCGCCGCCGCCGCCCUUGCUGCCGGUACCCCCGCCACCUCCUUCUAUGUAAUAAGAUUUAAAUAAAUUAAUUAAUUCUACCUA